UAUAUUUGAUAAAUUUUGCAAUUCUAGGUAUACUCAAUUGUAAACCAUGGGUAAAGCAGUCUUGCUACUGUUUCUUGUGGUGCAGUGCUACGCACUAAACGAAGAAGGAUAUGGAAUCGGUAAACCAAAUCAUUUCUUGGGACGCUGGUUCAACCGACUCUUCCAUGGUGAGCAAAAUUCCGAUGAAACCGUGACAAGGAUGCCAUUCGGAAAGAAGACCAAGAAGCCGAAGCCCGGCGAUAUUCAGCCUCUUGUUGACGCUAUGAUAGAAGCCGACAUCUAUGCGGCUGGACCUAAAGACUAUAAGGUCAAUUACGGUAACCCAGUGUCCGGGACAACCGACCAGAGUACGAAUGAUCUAUUCUACGACGUGAAUGAAACUGUCUUCCAACAGCCAGUCUACGAUGUUUUGAUAAAAUUGGUUGAAAAUGGAGUGUUCUACCACGAUGUCUGCGAAGCAGAGAAACCCAUGACUGGUCUUCGAAAGGUACAUGCCCAGCUACUGCUUGAUACCUGGACAGACACAGAGGUUUUCAGAUUGGCUUACGAGUUCCUGCACUCUAACAAUGAGCCACAUUCGAGCUCAUUCGCAUCGCUGAAAAAGUUCCUCUUUGAUUUCUGGUUUGGAAGAUAUUCUCGUUGCUCAGGGACAAUGGGAAGCUCAGGAUUUGAGCAUGUCUUCACUGGAGAAUGGAAAUCGGGUACUGUUGGUGGACACCACAGCUGGGUUACCUAUUAUCUAGCACAGAAGGCGGGAAAGAUCAACUAUCACGGGUAUUACACCAAACUAGGGACCCUCACGGGAACCUUCCAAUAUAAGUGGGAGACCUAUCUGAAGAAGAAGGGCGGUAUGCUGUUUGGCACAUCCCCAGCCUUCGACUUCUCCCUGUUCACCGUUUGUGCAUUAUUGCAUCCGGGAUCAAAUACAUGUAAAUACCGCAUCAAUGGUACACCUUUGGCAGUCACCUCGUAUACACAAACCUGCAAUGCUGGAACGUGUCUUUCAACUGCAUAUCCUACUAAUUGAUUCGUUCGAAUCAAUAUCUUGAAUUUAUACAUAGUAAAUGUACAAGUAAAGUUUACGCAGC